AUGAAAAGAAAUACUACUACAGCAAAGACAAAGCCGUCGACAAAGCCGCCAACAAAGCAGUCUUCGGCCGCAUUGGACAAGUACAACAAUGAUCAUAAGCAUUUGUCAAACAAGACAUUUCCAUCAUUUACAGGAAGACAAUCGUCAAUGCUAGAGUUCUUUCCAUCAAAGAAACAAGAGACACAGGUUAACCACAUAACACAGGUCACUGAACACGAUGAUGGCAAUGGAAACAAGAUUAGUAUGACGACAACAACUACUACUACGACAGUGUCAACUGUUGUAUCACAAGUGUUGAAAACACCAUCACCUUCACAUAGUAGCUCAAUACAAAUCAUAGAUGAUUGUCACAGUAAUAGUAAUACAUCUCCUUCACCAAGACUGUCAUCGUCAUCUCAAACUAAAACUCCUCCAUCUUCUCAGCAACAACAACAACAAUCACAACAAUCACAAUCAUAUUCACCUGUAAAUAGUCAAGGAGACAAUAAUAAUAAUAGUAGUGGAAAGAGAAAAAAGACACCAUUGGGAUCAAGUGAUAUAAUUAAUAACAGUCAUUUGGUAAUCAUUAAUUUGACAGAUGAUAAUGAUGAAGAAAAGGAAAAUGAAAAGCAAAAGAAUACAACAGCAACUGCAAAUACAACUACAACGACAACCGAUGAAAUGGAAAGAUUUCAAAAGAGAAUGAAGAAUCAAACAGACAAGUUGAUGAUGAUGGAGGAUGGUAAUGAUUCAAAUGGUUCUAUUUCAUCUGGUCAAUUUGCUACAAUGCCAAUUUGUGUAUCUAUUGAUGAUGACGAAGAAGAUGAAAAUGAUGGAGUAACAAGAACAAAGGAACCACAAGAGGUCACAUUGUCACAAUACGUAGACAAUGAUCCAAAAAGAACAAAAUACUAUGUAAAUGAUUUUAGAUUGGUCACUGAAACUGUUUUGGAAAGAGAUGUACAUUUGUUGUCUGACAAGGAGGUUGAAGCAGUCAAUCGAUUCGUUUACACUCUUACAUCAGACUCUCAACAUUUGUUUGUACGUUUGUACAAUCGAAAGGGACCGUGGUUUCAAAUUCAAAACAUCCUGUAUCCAGAGAUCAACAAUAUAGAUGAUUGUAUUGACGAGUUGAUUGACUGUGGUCUACUCGAGCGAUACGAUGGUACUACCAACCACCACGACUGGAGGGAAUUGACUCCUCUACUUCCAGUUGAUCGUCUAAAACGUCUAUUGGGAGCAUCGUGUCCAUCAGGUGCAACCAAACCACGUUUAAUAGAACUCGUCAACAAAAUGGAUUCUGGUCCAACCAACUCAAAUGGUAGUCCAUUCUUUAAAAAUUUAAAUAAUUUUAACAAAACUAAAAGGUCAGUAGAAGAUAGUUUAGGAAAAUGUAUACAAAUUAAAAGAAUGGUAGUACAGGUAUUUAGAAUGAUUCAUCAUUUAUUCUUUUUCUCUUGGACAACACAUAAUUCAACGACUAUGAUUGUACAUAAUAUACUUGGCAUACGGUAUCCAGAGUAUCGAUUGAGCAAAGACAAGAAUGGAAUAUUCAAAACGCGACAGGAACUCAUAGAGUAUGAAGAAUGCAGACAACUAGAGGAACGAAUCGAGUUCAUCUUUGAAAAUGGUGAAGAGGAUAGUUUGUCGUCGAUUUUGGAAACUUGUACAGAAAAAUUAUCACCACUUGUUAAACUCCAAUAUGUGUACUCUUUUGCACUAAAGUUUACACCUGGCUGGGUGUAUACCAAAGUAUUGUCAGCAGGUGUUGGCAUAUUAGAGCGUAUGAAAAAGUAUGACGAUGCCAACUACUUUUACAUGUUUCUACUAGACUCUCCAUUUUGUUCUGGUAAACGUGGUGACUGGUGGCUACGUCUUGUCAUCAAUUCCAAACAUCAAGGUCAAAAAGAAAAUGCUCUAAUCAUUUGUGAACGAGCUCUUCAAGAUUGUCUUGUUAAAACUGGUGAUAGAUUAGCACUUGAACAACAAUAUUUAAAAUUAACAAAAACAUGUAAAAAAGAUAUUAAACCAGGAUUAUUAAAAUUAUUAGAGAAUUUAAAACAACCAAGUGUGGUGACGAUAUAUUAUGAAAAGGAAUCUCAUGGACGAUCAGGAGUAAAAAGUCAGUUCUAUCUUUCAGAUGGAUCACUUGGAAAGGUUGAAGAUGCAGCAUUGGAUUAUUACAAAAAUGAAGAGGGUAUGGAAGGAAUUCAUUGUGAAACAGGUAUCUUUAUCGAGUUUUUCAUGUUUUUCUUUUGGGAUAUUAUCUUUUGUUCCGAUAUUCCACAUGUAUUCCAGUCUCCCUAUCAAGAUUCUCCACUUGACUUUGGAAGUGAAGAAUUUUAUUUCUCUCGAAAAGAUUUGAUCACGAAUAAGUUGGAGCAAUUAAAAAUUAGUUCCAAUCAAGAUAGAAGAGAUCAUUUACAAAUGAUUUGGAGCAAGAAUGAAAAUUGUAAUGUCAGAGGUAUUAGUUGGGAAAGAUAUUCUUUAUCUCAAUUAAUGGAAUUGUCAGAUUCAUUUGGUGGAGGAUUGAUUGCCUAUAUUUGUAAAUUAAUGUCUGAAGAUUUCUCUAGUUUUUCAAGUGGUGCACCAGAUUUAUUCCUUUGGAAGAAUAAUAAUAAUGAUAAUGAUAAUAAUAAUAAUAAUAAUAAUAAUAGUUAUACAAUUAAAUUUUGUGAAGUAAAGGGUGAAGGUGAUAGACUUGCCGCUCAUCAAAAGAUAUGGAUCGAUGUAUUGCUAUCAUAUGGUUGUCAAGUAGAUAAUUGUUUAGUAAAAAAUAAAUAG